AUGGUCUGGGGUUUGUGUGGUCUAGGCCGCAAGCGGCGUCAAACGGCCCUCGCCACACCGCGCAACACCCCGCACCACGUGCCUUGCCGCUCCGCUACGACUCCCCGCUCCGCUACGACUCCCCGCUCCGCUACGACUCCCCGCUCCGCUACGACUCCCCGCUCCGCUACGACUCCCCGCUCCGCUACGACUCCCCGCACUGCGCACCGCUACGACUCCCCGCACCGCUACGACUCCCCGCACCGCUACGACUCCCCGCACCGCUACGACUCCCCGCACCGCUACGACUCCCUGCACCGCUACGACUCCCCGCUCCGCUACGACUCCCCGCUCCGCUACGACUCCCCGCUCCGCUACGACUCCCCGCACUGCGCACCGCUACGACUCCCCGCACCGCUACGACUCCCCGCACCGCUACGACUCCCCGCACCGCUACGACUCCCCGCUCCGCUACGACUCCCCGCACUGCGCACCGCUACGACUCCCCGCACCGCUACGACUCCCCGCACCGCUACGACUCCCUGCACCGCUACGACUCCCCGCUCCGCUACGACUCCCCGCACUGCGCACCGCUACGACUCCCCGCACCGCUACGACUCACCGCACCGCUACGACUCCCCGCACCGCUACGACUCCCCGCACCGCUACGACUCCCCGCACCGCUACGACUCCCCGCACCGCUACGACUCCCUGCACCGCUACGACUCCCCGCUCCGCUACGACUCCCCGCUCCGCUACGACUCCCCGCUCCGCUACGACUCCCUGCACCGCGCGCUUCUACGACUCUCCGUUCUGCUACGACUCCCCGCACCGCUACGACUCUCCGCAGCGCUACGACUCCCCGCAGCACUACGACUCCCCGCACCGCUACGACUCCCCGCACCGCUACGAUUCCCCCCGCAAGCGGCGUCGAACGGCCCUCGCCACACCGCGCGACACCCCGCACCACGCGCCUUGCCGCUCCGCUACGACUCCCCGCUCCGCUACGACUCCCCGCUCCGCUACGACUCCCCGCACUGCGCUCCGCUACGACUCCCCGCACUGCGCUCCGCUACGACUCCCCGCACUGCGCACCGCUACGACUCCCCGCACCGCUACGACUCCCCGCUCCGCUACGACUCCCCGCACCGCUACGACUCCCCGCGCCGCUACGACUCCCCGCUCCGCUACGACUCCCCGCUCCACUACGACUCCCCGCUCCGCUACGACUCCCUGCACCGCUACGAUUCCCCGUACCGCGCAACUCGCCGCAACCCGCAAUUCCCCUCCCCGUGA